UUAUAUCUGUAUUAAUAAAUCAUGACACUCGACAACGAGUAUCACGCACUCGUACGUUGCGAGAAAUGUCGAGUCGUACUACUAUCCCAUUUGUAUCGGGCAAAGAUGGUGUGGCGACUACCCCAGUUGGCACUGCAAAUGCUACGAAACACUACCGUCGCACAAAAUUCUGACAGAUGGCGUCAUGGCUCCAUGGCGCGAGAAUUGUAGAGCAUGUUAUCUAACCUCGAAAACCAAGAAAAUGACACUUUUAAUUGAAAUAACAAUUUUCGUUGAGUAAUUAUUAUAACCAACUUCCGAAAAUUUACUUAUCAAGACAUGUCAAGCGCAAAGUCAAAAUAUUCUCAUUGAAAUUGAAGGAUCUUGAUAAAGAAAUUGUUUAUCUCCAUCCUCCAUCGAAAGCCGUUAAGAUGAGCAUUGAUAAACUUAUAAAAAAGAAGCAGCAUGCCAAACGAGAGGGGAAUCUUUGUCAGUUGGCAGAAAUCUCAAAGACUCUCGGAGACACGUACUUUGAGAAUCAACAGUCGGAGGAAGCUCUACGGGAAUAUACGGAGCAAUUGAGCAUUUGUGAAGGUUUACAAGACAAAUUGAACAGUGCGAUAGCACACAGAAUGAUUGGAGAGGUCUAUGCGAGUUUGGGAGAUUACGAGGAAGCACUGAUGCAUCAGAAUUUACACUUGGAAGGCGCUAGGGAAAUAAGAAAUUUGAUAGAGGAACAACGCGCGUUUGCUACUUUGGGCAGAACUUACUUUUGUCUAGCCGAGAGUUUGAGCAGUCAAUCGCACAAGUACAACGAGGCUUUAGCAAACGCAAAGAUGGCUUAUGUGAAAAGUAUGGAGUUGUGCGACCAAUUGACAGGGACCGAGAUCAAGCUGGAGGAGAAACUGCUGAUGCGGGCAAGACUGUUACUUAAUUUAGGCUUGACACUGGAGGCACAAAAAGAGACGGGACAGGCGAUUGAUUUAAUUGAGCAAGCGACUGAACUGUGCGUAUCAAAGAAUUUUCAGGAGGACUUGCAUCGAGCAUGUAUCUCUUUGGCGGGCAUUUACGAACGACAGGGCAAUCAGGAGCUAGCGUUAAGUUACAUCGAAACUGCGGGUACUGUGAACGACACACGUUUGAAGGCCGAAGCAAUGAUGUCGAAGACAGAGUUACUUAUGCGAACUGGACAAUGGAUCAAAGCGCGUAAAGUAUUAAUAUCUCUGUACACGAGCAGCGGAUUGCCAAAGGACAUUGAUCGUUGGGUGGAGAAAUAUCUAAGGAUCAUGGUAACGUUGUGCCGAGCCGAAAACAAUCUUCUUCUCGAGAGCGAUAUUCGAGCGAAGGAAAAAUUGUACGAGACUUUGGGCGACGCAUCGGUUGCUGCGCAAUGCUUCGAAAAGGGCGUGGAAUAUUACCGGCAGAUGCUAGCUUGUGCGGAGAAGACUGGUAGCGAGAUAGGUGUUUCCUUGGUAAGUCUGGCUCAAACGCUAAAAGACGCGGGACGUUACGAGGAAGCGCUGCCGUACGCGCGGAGGGAACUCGAGCUUUGUACCGAUCCCCGAGAAACGUGCAGGUCCGCAUUGUUUCUGGCGGAUCUGUCGAUAGAGACUAACGCCCGUGAAACGGAAAUUCGGGAGUAUUACGCUUUAGCAUCGAGUUCAGCAAACGAGAGCGACAACAAUGCUGCAAUUAAGCUGCAAAAGUCCGUUACGAAGGAAUUCGCUGGCUACUUGGAGAGUAUAGGCCAGUUCGAUGAGGCGAGGGACGUGAAGCGAAAAGCGGAAAUGUCAUUGGAGGCACCGAGUGAUACGGAGAGCGAAGCAUCCUCCGAUGGAAGCGACAAGAUUGGCGCCGAUGUCUGUCUGGAGGAUUUGUCUGAUCUGGAAAAGGACGAGGAAACUGUCAAGGUAACGAAAAGGAGGCGAAAGAGAGCAUCUACGAUCAAGAGGAACGAGAAGGGUGAGACGCAGCUGCACGUAGCGUGCAUUAAUGGCGAUAUCAAUGCCGUCGAGAGGCUGUUAUCGUCCGGUCAUUCGACGAACGUUCGAGAUCAUUGUGGUUGGUCGCCUCUUCACGAAGCUGCAAAUCACGGUUACGUAGAUAUCGCGGAAUUGCUUCUAAAGCAUGGUGCAAACAUCAACGAUCCGGGUGGUGCAUCCUGCAAAGGCAUGACACCACUUCACGACGCCGCGUGCUGCGGGCAUUUUUCGAUGAUGCAGCUUUUGACGCAGCACGGAGCAAGUUUAACGCUCAAAACUCACGAUGGCGAUACAGUGUUGGAUUGUUUGGAGGAAUGGAGAGAUCGCGUAAACGACUUGAGCCCUGAGGACUUGGUGGAAUACGACGUGAUGCAUAAAAAGCUUUCCGCAGUUAUUCCAACGAGAAAUAGAAAGCGAAAGAAAUGUGAUAUCGUUGAAACAUCGGACGAGAGAUCUGAGCUUCGGCAGGUGUCUGCUGGUGAAGAUUACAAAAGAACGAUCGCGAAUUUGAGAUGUUUCAACAAAGCUAACAAAGCUGCUGCUGCAUUGAAAAGCAGCGACGAGUCGCGCGCACCCUUGGUAAAUGAACAACGGAUUCUUGCCAAUGACGACUGGCUCGAGGACGACGUCGGAAGCAUGACAAGGAAAAGGAAAGCGUCAAACGGUCACACUGAAAAGAACGUCACGACAUUGAAAAGAAAAUCUGCUGAUGGAAACGUAGAGAGUGAAAAAGCUACGAAAAAAUUAAAAGUUCAAACUAAGGAGGAAGCUUCUGAUGCGAGCGAAGGUAGCGACGAUAAUAGCGCGAGCGAAAUCCUUGAAAUAUUUAAAGAGGUGAAAAGAAAACGACAAACUUGCUUGAUCUCGAGUGGAUUUACCGUGUCUCGUAGUCCAUCUCCGGUGAUUAAUUCGCAGUCGUCUCCACGGUACAGUGACAUCUCGACGAAUUCGAAAGAAUACGUGCGUCUACGUACGCGUGUCAAAGAGAUGGUACUCGAUCUGAAGGUAGAAGUUUGCGAAGACGAGCAAGAGUUUUUAACGCGAGUUACAACCGCUGCUGAAUGUACCUUCUACCAUGAAACCGGCUGCACAGCCAAGUUGCUGCUACAGCCGAUAAAUGGAUGUACCAUGGCAAGUAUUUUACAAAUUGCGAGAGAAAAUACGAGCGACAAACUGGAGUGCGAGAUGGUCGAGCUGCAGAUUCCAUCGACCGUCGAGCGAUAUAAAACCAUUUGUCAUACUCACGAUACAGCUCCCCGCGAGAUUACGCUAAAGUGUUUAAAAUCAUGCGAAAAUACACGCAUCUUCCGCGUGAAGCCUGACGAUACCGAUAAAGAAUUGCUCGUACCGUUGUUACGAACCUUGGCGUACGAGAGAAACGUUAGGGUGUUGCAGUUGUCGGGCAUGGCGUUACUGACAGCAGGAACGUGUUUACACCGGUGUCUCUCGAAUCUGUCGUUGUUGCAGGAACUCUGUUUAAAAGGCUGCGAUAUUGAUUUUGCUUGCUUGCGCGAAAUAGACUCGUUGCCGACUCAGUUAAGAGUCUUGGACUUGAGCUACAAUCCGUUGAGCCCCAAGAGUUGCGACACCCUGCGAAAACUAAUUGCACCUCUGCGAUAUUUGCAAACCCUCGAUUUACGUUACUGCGAGCUGGACGAUCUUUGUCUUCCGCUUGACAAUCCGAAUCUGACGAGUUGCGACAUUUCGUGGAACAGACUAAAUCGUCAUGCAACCACAUGGUUCCUGAGUAGACAGUUGUUUGAUUUAAAUCUAUCCAACGUUCUCUCUUGCGACCAAUCCGUCUCGAGUUUGGACGUAACGAGCACCGUUCUCUCACCUAGUCUCGAAUCGUUGGAGCUCUCAUUCUGCGACGUAACGGACACUGAUGUAAAGAUUAUUUUAGCACAGCUGCCUAGGCUGUUAAAACUGAUACUCCGCGGAAACACAAAGGUCUCUCCGUCAUCUGUAAAUGCGUUGUUGGCUCGCCAACCCACGUUAACUUAUAUCGACGUUAGUGGUUGCAAGAGUAUCGCGAGUAGUCCAGAUGCAGGAUUAGUUAUACAGAAUCCCGAAAUGUGUACGCUAUUGGCUAGUAUGGUGGCUGAUCUAUGCGACGCCUGGAUUAAAUUAUGGCGAGACACAGCUACCGUAACGAGAUUGCCACACAAUUUGGCGAUUUUCAGACCGACGUAACUUAAGAUGGAUUAAUAAAGAUUAUAGUUUUAAUGUACGAAGAAUAGCGCGUUCCUCGGAUGAUACGACUUGCAUCUUGUAAUUGAAAUCGUAACAAAUCGUAAUAAAUGAAGCGGUAAUGUCACCGCGUUUGCGAAUUA